GCCAAUGAGUAUACUGACUUAAUCUUGUGUAUUCAAGCUGCUUUGUUUACCUUACACAUUCUGCAGUGUUCCCAAAACUGUCACUGGAUGUUAAAUAAAGGUACUGAGUCUAAUCAAAAUGACUUCCUCUGAUCUUGUUGUAUCAUUGCAACAUGCUGCUUUUGUAUGUCCCUCUCAUAAGAGUUUCAAUGUCCCCUUUGUCCUCUUUAAUGUCCCCUUUGUCCUCUUUAAUGUCUCCUUUGUCCUCAACAGCAAUGCCUGUCGGGGCAGUUCGCCAUCCCCGUGUCCUCCGUCUCCUACCCCCUCUGUCUCCCUCACGGAGAUCAAGGCGGAUACGCGUUUGGUGCUGGGAGCUUUCCUCCGGCACAGUCUAUCUCUCCCUGAAGCUCAGCGUCCAGGGAGAGUGGGGGGCGCAUACAAGGACCCUAACAAGUUCAGUGCAAGUACAAAGGCAGGGCAAAGGAAGGCAAAAGAUGGCGAGGACUCUGUGGAUGAGCACACCAGCACAGUGGAGAUGAAACACAGCUUUAAAGACCUAGUGAAGAAACAUCUGAAACCCCGGCCCUCUGGGUCACGACAUUCACAGAAAGACACGCUGAAGACAGACAGCAGUCUCAGCCAAACACAAACUGACUCAGCUGACUCUGUGGAUGAGGGCACCCAGCCAGCCAGGCUACCUGGGAAACCCAACAUCAUUGGUCGCAUACAAGCAGAGAGCAUGUCUCCUUACUCUUCAACUUCUGAGGAAGGGAGUGAGGGUGAGGAGGAAAAAAAGAAGAAGAAGAAAAAGAAGAAGAAGUCUCCCUUUUCCACCCUUGUCCAUAGGUUAAAAUUAUCCAAGAAGGAGUCAGAAAAUAAGCAGGACUCCCAUUCCAAGAGACCCACUUCACUGUCAAUUGGUGACAGGAAAGAUACUGUGGAGUCAGUCAUCUCACCAGGGCACCCUCCCGCGUUCUAUGAAGAAGUGGCAGAGACUCUGGACAAAAUAGCUCAGAAGCACAGUGUGAAGAGGCGAGACCCCUCCCCAGCCCAUUUGCCUGAUGACAAAGAAGCCUUGGUGCAACAGCUGGUGCAAGUUUUAUCCAUGCAGGGAGAUGCCAUCAACAAAAAGAUCCAAUCCAGUCCCUUUUUGCGAUCCUCUUUGACCCGCCUCUCCUACCCUUCCUUCGUCAAGUUGGUCAAUUCGUUUGCCAGUCAGAGUGAGGCCCCGGUUCCCGUCCCUGCCAGUCCUACAUUGUCGCGUGUCAUCAUGACGAUGGAGGUGUCACGACGUGUCAUCACAGCCACGGGGACUCAGAGGAUUCGGGGUUUUGCAGAGCGGUACAUGGAAAACUUUGCCCCCUGGGUGAAGAGCAAGGGGGGAUGGGAAAAUAUCGUCCAAUUAGACGAGGUUUUGGAAUGUGAUUGACAGUUCAGAAUAUGAAGGUACAGUAUUAAGGAAUGCAUCACCAAAGAUUUUCUACAGUGCAAGAUGUCAAACUCUGCUUGCUUUACAUGGCAAGAUUCUGUUGCUGCCACAGAAUGUUCCAGCAUCAGAAAUCUUUUAUUCCUCAGUACCAUGAAUACAAACCAGAACCACACUAUUCCAACUACAGUAUGUAGUAUACUUAAUUAACUGCACAGAUAUUCUACAGUAUGUGUGGAGAAGACUGUCAGCUGCGUGUGUUUCACAUUCAAAGUUUGUCUCCACCAUUGCUGAAGUUGUCUUAGUGAUCUUAUUUUCUCAUUAGAGAUGUUAUCAUAUUAAUAAGGGGUGGGCUAAAAUAAGACAUCCAUAGUUAGCUUAAAAAUACAGACAGCUUUAUGAAUGUGCAUGUGGAAACAUCAGGGCUAUGCUGCAUCAUAGUCACUUGUUGGGGACACAGGAGACAUGAGUAAACUUGAACAGCUGUUAUCUUCAAAACUCAUGACGUUCUUACACUUCCUGAAUAUAGAGAAGUGGAUGUAGGCUGGCUCAGCUGUGUGACAUAGGGUUAUUUGA